AUGCACGCUUCUAAAGAUUUAUCUGAGUUCAACGCAGGUACAGUCCUAUCAUUGCUUGGGAGAAAUCCUAGUAAGCAGGAGGGAUUCUUAAAUCCAUCACUAUACAAAGGUUCAACGGUUAUUCACCCAAAUCUCGAAAGUCUCGAGAGUUUGGGAGGACGGUUUUGGUAUGGGACUGCCGGUUCGCCAACCAUUGCUAAUCUAGAGGAUUCCUGGACCGAACUGACUGGGGCUGCUGGUACAGUUCUUUCGCCAACUGGGCUGGGCUCCAUUUCACUGGCUAUUUUGAGUGUGGUAAAGCAUGGGGAUCACAUCUUGCUUCCCAUCAGUGUUUAUGGUCCAACGGCAAAUUUCUGCAACAAUGUCCUACGUAAAUUUGGAGUUAAUAGCGAAUUCUAUGACCCACUAAUUGGGAAGGACAUUGAGGAAUUAAUCAAAACAAAUACUAGCCUCAUAUUCUUGGAGAGUCCUUGUUCACAGACCAUGGAAAUACAGGAUGUGCCAGCGAUUGUCAAAGUAGCCAAGAAGCAUAAUGUGAAGACUGUAUUAGACAACACUUGGGCUACCCCUCUGUUUUUCAAGGCUCAUGAUUAUGGGAUUGACAUCUCUGUCGAAGCAGGAACGAAGUACGUUGGUGGUCACUCAGAUCUUCUUCUCGGACUGACAAGUGCCAAUAGCCGUUGUUGGCCUGCACUUAGAAGUACAUAUGACGCUAUGGGUAUGCUUCCAGGUGCUGAUGAUUGUCACUUGGCUCUAAGAGGGCUUCGCACUCUACAACUACGUGUCAAGGAAGCAGAACGCAAGGCACUAAUUCUCGCUGAGUGGCUGGAAGCAAGAAAUGAAGUUGAGAGAAUUCUUCACCCUGCAUUUGAAGAUUGUCCAGGUCACAGCCUUUGGGUAAGAGAUUACAGCGGCUCAACAGGCGUUUUCACCUUCAUACUAAAGGAUCAAUUCUCCAGAGCUGGGCUCAAGGAUAUGCUUGAAAAGAUGCAAAUAUUCAAGCUUGGGUACUCAUGGGGUGGUUAUGAGUCUCUGCUUAUUCCUGUAAACUCUACGUCAAGGGACAGAAUUAGGACCUGGUCUCAUUUUGGUUAUGCAUUGAGGAUUCAAGUUGGUCUCGAGGAUAUAGAUGACCAACUUCGCGACUUGGAAAUGGGUUUUGAGCGUCUCAAGAGUCACGUUUCAGAUGUUUUACAGGCAAGACUUUAA